UGCCUUCAAUCUGGACGUUACACGACCGAUGGUCUACACGGGACCGAAAGGGUCAUAUUUCGGGUAUUCAGUGGAUAUUUUGGCGCUCGAACCAGGCGGGAAAGACCAGUGGCUUCUCGUUGGCGCCCCAAAGGCUGAUGACGUGCACCAGCCCGACCUAAAAGAGCCCGGAGCGUUGUACAAGUGUUCCCCUUCAACAACUUCCUGUUGGCCAGUCGUCGUCGACGAUUCCGGUAACAUUCGGCAGGUGAUUCCAAAAUGGAAGAAUGUGACAGUUCACCAUAGCAAGAACAAACAGUGGCUCGGCGCGACCUUGCAAGUUGACAACGCAAACGGCAAAGUUGUGGUUUGCGCCCCGAGGUGGAAAGAUCGUGAGUACUACGUGCAGGGCCAUGAGUUCAUGAACGGGCUGUGUUACGAGUCGAGUUACGGCCUCACCUUCAACGACAGCAGCGCCUGGCCCGCUCUCGAAUACUUCCGGAAACAGAUUCACCAGACGGGCCACUAUGUGUUCGGCAUGGGGGCGCUAGGAACUUCAGCUUGCUAUGCAAAGGAUGGGUCGUUUCUCCUGCUUGGUGCCCCCGGCAUAAAUGACUGGACAGGAGGACUGGUUUUAAUUACUGGAGAUCUCGAAAGCCGUCCUCACAUCCACGAGCCUCCGAGGAUACAAUACAACAACUCGUACAUAGGGUAUUCGGUAACAGCAGCUCGACUGACAUCCGACGGAGAGUUUAUUGUGGCAGGAGCGCCGCGAGCGGACAAUAAGGGGAAGGUGUUCGUCUAUGACCAAUCUUUUAACAUCAUGUUUAUAAAAGAAGGAACUCAGUUUGGCAGUUACUUUGGAGCAUCCGUGUGUGCCGUCGACCUUACUGGAGAUCUUCUAGAUGAGAUUGUCGUGGGGGCGCCACUGUUCACCGACAAAUAUGAUGAGGGCCGAGUGUUUGUGUUUGUCAAUGGAGAAUUUUUUUCACUGGAACAACACUUCCCUGCGCUUUCUGGUUCCAAUUCCCCAGGGGCUAGGUUCGGAACAACUGUAGCCAAUAUUGGUGACAUUAACAGAGAUGGAUUUGAAGACCUGGCAGUAGGUGCGCCAUUUGAAGAAGACAUGGUUGGUGUUGUUUAUAUUUACAAUGGAUCGCCAGACGGCAUGCAUCAGCAGUUUUCACAGAGGAUUGUAGGAACAGAUGUCUCUCGUCACAUACGGGCAUUUGGCUGGACUUUCUCGCAGCAACAUGAUCUAGACAACAAUUUCUAUCCAGAUGUUGCUGUAGGAGCGUAUGCCUCUGAUAAUGCUGUAUUACUGUUGUCUAGGCCUGUUAUUGACCUCCACAUACAGAUGUCCUUACAGCCUCCAGUAAUCGAUCCCGGAAACCACGCCAACUGUCUCUACAAAGGAGCGCCUGCACAGUGUAUUACUCCUGUCGUCUGCUUCAAAUACACUGGUGUACAGCUGAACGAUAACAUGUAUGCUGAAUUUACGAUGACGUUUGACACGCUGGAACGCAACCGAAACGAACGUCGGCGACUGUUUGUAUUUAAUCAAAAUACUGGAAAUGAAGAGGAACAACUUUCAGAAAUUCUGCACCUGCGCCGCGGCUCUGCAAUUUGUCGGUCGGACUUCACCGUGUUUACUCGUAAAAGUCGUGACUUAAUCACCCCUCUUCAGAUUGAGGUUAGCGUGACAGUUCCUCAACAGACAGGGUGUGACCUGUGUCCAGUACUUAAUAUGUACAAUCCUACAACUAUCGCUGCCCAGGCUAAAUUUGCCAAAGACUGUGGCAUGGAUGACAUAUGUCAAUCUGCACUGUUUAUGACCGUCAAACCAGAGUUUUCGGGAAGGGACAGCUACCUUGUGCUGGACGACUCAGCAUCAUUUGACCUGAAGGUUGACCUGGGCAACACUGGGGAGACCGCGUACCAGUCCAUGGUGAGACUCAUCUUCCCAGACUCUGUCAGCUUCAGUCGUCUGCGAGUCCUGUCUGGGACAGCAGAGGUCGCGUGUCUGCCACAGAGGGCGGGCCAAGACAAUGAGACUAGCGUCAUAGAGUGUGACGUCGAGGAGCCCGUGCAGCAAGGGCAGGUGCUCAUCUUGUUCGUGCGGUUCUACGUCAUAAACUGGUCGUAUGAUUUGGAGUCGUUCAAUGUCACUGUGGAGGUGACGACGGCGAGCGAGGAGAGCGAUCUCAGCGACAAUGCCAAUCUCGUCACCAUCCCGGUGAGACUGAAGAGCAAACUGCAGCUCACAGAAGUGUCCUUGCCGAGUCAGUUAGAUCUUCCCUCAGAAGGCCCGACUGAUGACGACAACGGGGACGCGUGGACGCACAUCAAACACAUCUAUGACAUCAAGAACUUUGGACCCAGUCUGUUCCCUCACGGAUCUAUUAUUAUUCUGCUGCCAUAUUCCAAGUGGAUUCAUGUAUCCAGUAUCCAGAUGAAGGUGGAGAACACUGACACAGAAGUUAAAGAUGCGUGCACUUUACGCCAGCUGCCUUUUUCACCUCCAGAUACGAUCAUCCACAGGUCUGCAGAACCCACAGCUGCACCAGUAAAACUAGUCAAAAUGGUGUGUUCGCCUGGGAUGUGUACAAAUGUUACAUGCGAGCUUCCUCAUAUACAUAGCGACAACGGUAUUUACAUCAGCAUCAACAUCUCCAUCAGACGGGACAUUAUAAAACAAUUACAGAUUCAUAAAGAAAUGCACAUCAUUUCUACAGCAGAGUUGGUGGAACCAGAUUACACAACAUUUAUAUCUUUAACGGAAAUCAAAAAUGCUUCGGUUGUGACAUUCGUCAAUCCUGAGCGCACGGCUAGGAAGACGUUCAAGAUCUGGGUUCUUGCUAUUAGUGUAGUCAGUGGAUUGCUUAUCCUGUAUCUGAUCGGUGCAGUUCUUUGGAAGUUCGACUUCUUCAAGCGGAAAAAACGUGAUGAGUUACAGAAGUUGAUGUUAGAAGCCGAGUCUGAGAGGAACGGUGUAACUAUAAUAAACAGUGAUGAGGCCAAUGACGUCAUGGUACUGCCAACCAUAACAUUUCUAAAUUCCAACCAUCAAGAUAUCAACUUCAAUCAUCACAAUCACCAGUGGUCCUCUCCUGGGCCCCACCCUGCAUUUAGCAAUGACACUUACCUGGAACCAAUCAACAUGAGGUCAUAACACAAACUUCAAAGAUGUGCAGCGUUAUAGAAAACUACAAAGGAGGCUGAAUAAAUCCAGUGCUCCAUCUAAA